CGCUGCUGGGACGUGGCACUGGCGCCGCUGAAGCAGAUCCCCAUGAAUCUGUUCAUCAUGUACAUGGCCGGCAACACCAUCUCCAUCUUCCCUGCCAUGAUGGUCUGCAUGAUGGGCUGGCGCCCACUGCAGGCCCUCAUGUCCCUUUCUGCCACACUGAAGGCACUGGAGAGCUCGAGCCGGCGGGCACUGCAGGGGCUGGUGUUCCUGGUGGGCAACGGUCUGGGGCUGGGGCUGG